GCGGCCGAAACCAGAUCACUUCAACAUGUAGUGAUUUCCUUCUGCAUCCGGCUGUGUGUGUUUUUACCAGUGUUUUUGUUUGAUUUUUGAGGUUUCUAAACACUUAAUUACUUUCGGAUUGAGGAGGGUGAAGUAAAUAUAGUUUCCUUAGAUUUAUUGAUGGUAAGCUGCAGCUGACGUAUUUGCAAUCAUGGGAUUUGACAUACGGAGACUUGACGUAUACAGGAAAGUUCCUAAGGAUUUGACACAGCCAACACUAGCUGGGGCGGCAGUGUCGGUAUGCAGUAUUUUGUUCAUUGUUUUCUUGCUGCUGUCAGAGUUUACAACUUUCAUCAAACCAGAUGUAGUGAGUGAGUUGUAUGUGGACAAUCCAGGCACCAUUGCACGCCUUGAAGUACGACUGAAUAUUACCCUACCUCGUUUAUCAUGCACAGUACUUGGAUUGGAUAUACAAGAUGACAUGGGCCGCCAUGAGGUCGGAUACGUAGACAACACCAAGAAGAUACCUAUCAAUGAUAACAAAGGAUGUUUGUUUGAAACGAGCUUCUCUGUAAAUAAGGUUCCUGGUAAUUUCCACGUCUCAACACAUGCAGCCGGUAUGAACCAGCCACUGAAACCGGACUUUGCUCAUUUUAUUGAUCAUGUGUCGUUUGGUGAUGAUCUUUCGAAUUCGUCUGUUGGUGAAAGAGCAGCAUUUAAUCCACUUUUAAACAAAGACAGAUUAAAUGCAAAAGCGGAAUCGUCACAUGAUUAUUACAUAAAGAUUGUCCCAACUGUUUAUGAAGAUCUUUGGGGAAACCAGAACAUUUCAUAUCAAUAUACAUUUGCUUAUAAGGAGUAUCAGAAUCACGGGCACGGUCAUCGAGUCUUGCCAGCAAUUUGGUUCCGUUACGACAUCAGUCCAAUAACAGUCAAAUAUCAUGAAAAGAGGGCGCCAUUUUACACCUUUAUCACAACAAUAUGUGCGAUUGUUGGAGGAACUUUUACUGUAGCGGGGAUCAUCGAUGCAUUAAUAUUCACAGCAGCUGAAGUCUUCAGAAAAGCCGAGCUUGGGAAACUCCACUGAUCAGGUUCAUCUCUCCAGUCAGUCGGGAGAUUUAAGCAACUGUAGCGACGUAGAAAACCAGAAAAUUUUAUGACAUUUUUUAUUAGCGGAGAAGUAUUUUCCACACAUGGAUUUGUUGACAUUAAGGUAAGGGAAAGGAUGGCAGAGAAAUUAUUGGUGUGUUUUUAGAUGCUGCAACUUUGUUACUAUCCACAAAAUGUAUUUAAGAUCUUGUUUGAGCAAGUUCAGGUGCACACAUUAGUUGACCUGUGGUUGACCACUGACUAGCAACGUACCUGUGCAGUGACUUAUUUAAUCAAACAACUCAAUUGGAAGUCAACCACAGGUACCACGGUAUUCAACACUCAAUUGCCUUUUGCGUGUUCGCUAUAGUGUCACUGGUUCCCGUCUGUGCUUUACACAUGUUAUUAUGGAUCAGGUUAUUGGGACCAGUGAAGAAA